AUGAUGGCAGCGUCAGUGUCCGCCUCCACCUCGAUUGCCAGCCCCCUUCACGUUUCGUCCGAUUCCCGUUCGGGGCCUCUUCGACGCUUGAGCCAACUGCGUGCCUAUACGCAAACUCAUUUUUCCUCUCCCCACUCUUCUGCCGCCCCCUCGAAUUCUUCCACGCCCAACGCCCAACAGCGCCCUCGUCGUCACAGCAUCAGCGGCCGUCGACUGUCGUGGUUUUCCCCUCACACCACCACGCGCUCCGACUCCGCUCAGCCGACCGCCGCGGCCUCGAGUCCAUGCCCGGAGCCUCGUGCUGCACCCGCCACUUCGAAUCGCCAUAGUGCGAUUAUAGUCCCAAGUUCUCGUGGUCUCGAAAUAGACCAGCGAUCUCAUAACCAGUCCCCUGAGCCUUCCAGUCCGACUUCCUCGACAGAUUCCUCGAGGCGACCGGCACGCGAAGCCAUGGCUAGGCUGCGACCCUCGCUCCCAAAUCAUCAGGACUCUCGAAGCGAGCAAGCUUCGAGUGCGCCGGCGCCGACUUCUGCGCCUCCUAGCACAACGCUCGACUCCCCCGACCCGGUCAUCGCUGACAGUGCCUCGUCCGGCUCGAAAUCGAAAAAAGGAGCAACGAUCCGUUUUUUCCCUCACCAAGACCCAAGUCAGAGCUCUCGUCCGUCGUUACCUUUCAUUCCUGUCUCGCGCACUCUCCCGUCCGACACUUCUAACAUUCGCGUUGGCCGAUACUCCGAGCGAGAUGGGCUUCCUCUUCCAAAUCCCAGCGAACCAUCGGACGCCCCUGUCGGGUUCAAGUCGAAAGUCGUGAGCCGAAAACACUGCGAAUUUAUAUACAUGAAUGGACAGUGGCAUAUCAAAGAUGUGGGCAGUUCGUCUGGGACGUUUCUGAACCACAUGAGAUUGAGCCAACCCAAUAUGCCGUCGCGAAUGUACACUAUCAAAGACGGAGACAUCGUGCAGCUUGGUAUCGACUUUCGCGGGGGUGAGGAAAUGAUUUUCCGCUGUGUUCGUAUCAGGAUUGAGUGUAACCGAUCCUGGCAGCAGCAGCCGAAUGAAUUCAACAAAAACACUGAGAGCCUGAUCAAGAAUUUGGGAAAGGGUGAGACUGCUGAUUAUUCUGGUUGUCGGGAAUGUUCUAUCUGUUUAGGAUCAGUCCUGAGGCCCUACCAGUGCCUAUUCAUGGCCGCCUGCGCCCAUGUGUGGCAUUACAAAUGCGUCAGCCGCUUAAUCCAUACCCCAGACUAUCCUAUGUUUCAAUGUCCGAAUUGUCGAGCAUACACAGAUUUGAGUGCCGAGGUUGACGACUCGAACGAUUAUGAGGCCGAGGAUACCGACCAGCCGGCGUCAGAAAACCAACAAGAGCCAGCGGAGGAGAUACGGUCUACGACAUGCUCUCCUCAAUUAGACACAAGCUGCACUUCGAGUGGUUCGCACACCAGCGAAGACGAUGUAAUCCCCGAAUUACCAACCGGUCCCCUCGCCGAUAACGUUGAAAGCAUGCAUCUAACGGACACUAAUCCGUCAGAGCUUCCUGAGGCUUCCAUAACUUCUGCGCCCAAUACCGACUCCGAUGUUCCUGGCUGGCAGUCCCUGACACAAGUUCCUACUGCUGUCCCGCCUAGACAGGCUGGACUACGGGUGGACACCCCUGUGCGCUCCGAGUCGUCAGACGAAAACCCUUUGACACCUCGGAAUGACUCCGGACCCUUGGCUUUUGAUGGUCGUGCUGGGAUGUCAUCUACGGACGCGCAUUAG